AUGCAUGCGAGCUCGCAGCCCUCAUCGGCGCAUUCGAAUAAUGGCGAAUUUUCGAAUCUUUGGAAACACGCGGUGCACAUCGAAAUGCAGGAAAUCAUUUAUAUUCACCUGCAUCAGAGAGACGAAAAUUCUCCAGCUUGUCUGACAUUUGUGAAUUGUGAAGGCGUUCAGUCGGCACCUCUUCAACUUCCAGCCGGUCAGCACUCGAUCGCCUUUCUUUCCUCGCUGGAGACUGGUCUUGCGCCUCUUCUCCGACUCGAUCCUCCAUUGUGGACUGGACAGUCGAAAGAAAAAAUUCUGCCUCGCCUUCGUAAACGAUCGACAGCAGUGUCAAUGACGGCGCCAGCCAUGCUCGAUUAUGUGUUUCGUUUGGUGCGCGCUUCUGGUGUCGAGCCUGCUCCGGAGGAUGAUGAGCCUGAAUCGACGGCGCCGUCGCCGCAGCCGCCGAUUCACAACAACUGUGUAUCACUUCCCAACUCGCCGUAUAUCAUUGACAAUGUGGAUAGUAUUGUGAAUUUCCAAAUCGACAAGGCUUGCAAAUCAAUGAGGCAUCAAAUAAUGGCACGAGCAUUUUUUGGCUGGUUGAACUAUGUUAAACAUUUGCGGACAAUUCGAAAUCAUCUAUUGGAUCUCAUCAAUACUGAUGCGAUUUGUAAAGAAAAAUCAGAGCCCGUAAAUGAAGAAUUCUGGAAUAAAUGUCGAGAGAAUCCCACGAAAGAGCUCGAAACUGAAUUCCUUCAAAGAGUUUAUUGGACUGGAAUUGACGGAACAAAUACAAAGGAACUACGGAGACAAGCAUGGCCAUAUUUGUUGGGUCUUUUUGAAUGGAGCGAGUCUCCAGAAUACCGCAUGGAAACAUUCACUCAAAAAUAUCGAGAAGAAAUCGAAGAAUGGAAAAUUCUCGAAGAAGAAGUGCGUCGUCGCGAUGAGGAAGCAUUCAUUGCUGCACGAUCGAAAAAAGCAACAUCGCCGAUUCGCGAAGGAUCCAUGAUGUCGGAAGUAUUCGAGGACCCUGACGAACCGACAUGCUCGAUAUUUGACGAGCAUGAGAGACUUGUGAAGAUGUUCAUGGCGAAUUUACACAGAAUUGACAAGGAUGUUGAACGGUGCGACCGAAAUUUGAUAUUUUUCUCAAAUCGCGACAACUUGGAAAGUCUAAGAAGAGUCAUGUGCACAUACGUUCGACGAAACCUUGACGAGGGAUAUAUUCAAGGAAUGUGCGAUCUGUUGGCACCACUCCUUGUCAUUUUUGAAGAUGAAGCAUUGACAUUGGAAUGCUUCACAAUUUUGAUGACAAGGCUUCGCGACAAAUUUCCACAAAGAGCGGGAAUGGACGAAUGUCUUUCGAAUUUCAGGUCGCUCAUUCAGGUGGUCGAUCCAACAAUCUAUUCAAUGCUUACUGCUUCAUCAGAUUUCACUCACUUGUAUUUUUCGUAUCGUUGGUUUUUGCUGGAUUUCAAGAGAGAAUUGUCUUAUGAAUGCACUUAUAAGGUUUGGGAGGUAAUCUGGGCGGCGAAACGUCUCAAAAUCACUGAUCAUUUUGCACUUUUCUUCGCCCUUGGAAUGGUAACCAAUUAUCGAGAAGUAAUUGUCACCAAUAAUAUGGAUUUCACCGAUAUGAUCAAAUUUUUCAAUGAAAUGGCCGAACGACAUGAUUGCAUACGCCUACUUCAAACCGCACGGAAUCACGUGAAAUGUCUUCAGAAUCUUGUCCAACAACUUAAAUAA